UACUGUCAACGAGACUUUAUACCUUAGCACCCGCUCUCUGUCAUUUAGUUCAGUCCUUAUUUUCCUACGCAUUCGAGAGGUGCUUUUAGUAUCGUUUUAAUAUAAGAUAAAAUUAUACAAAAUUCGUUGUGUGUGUUUGGGUAUUGCCUCCCGUUCGGCCUAUCAUUUUUCGAUCCGGUUGUUUGUGAAAUUUCGGGAUACUAUGAAUACCAAUAUAGAGUCGUCGGCACGUCAACCUGAUCUGCAUCCUGAUUCUGAUUUAGAACAUUUGUCGUCGGCUCGAGCCAAUGCCGGAUCGGAGGGAUCUGAGCCAUCGGGCGUGAGAACGGAGCGUUCCUGUUGGAUAUGUUAUGCAACCGACGAGGACAACAUACAUGCUAAAUGGGUGCAGCCGUGCAGCUGCCGUGGGUCCACCAAAUGGGUUCAUCAGAGUUGUCUGAACCGUUGGAUCGACGAGAAACAACGUGGCAAUCUCAGACGAACGGUGAUGUGCCAGCAAUGCCGUACAGAGUACAUUAUCGUUUUUCCCCCAAUGAAUCCGAUAUCCCAAAUCCUGGACACAAUUGAUGUUGCAAUAAGAAAAAUUUGCCCCUACUUGGCAUUCGGAAUGCUCAUAUUCUGGAUCUAUUGGACUGCCAUCGCAUUUGGAGCAAUUACCGUUGUCCAGGUGUUUGGCCAUCAACGUGGCCUUAAACUGAUGGAGAAUGAGUUAUUUAUGGUGGUGGGUCUACCAUUUAUCCCAAUUGGUUUAGUCAUCUCUCAGAUGAUUCGCUGGGAGGAUGCUAUACUGAAGUUUAUACGCAGCAAGUACAACAUUCUAAAAAAGUUGCCAUUCUUUAAAAGGGCUGACGGAUCGGAGACAGAGAAUGUGGGCGAUCAAACUGAUAGUUCGAUCAGUCAGCCAUAUUUUCAAAAUAAUCCGCCAAUGAGCGAACCUGUCUUCAUCUCACGCCUCAUUUGCGGAGCCGUAUUUCUACCCACUUUGGCCAGCUCUGUGGGUAAGCUGUUCUUCAAGUGCCUGGAGGAUCCAUUUCAUCGCGCCAUCGUUGGAGGAAUCACCUAUAUUGGUAUUAAGGGAAUCCUAACGAUCUAUAUUAAGCAGAAGCACUACAUCCGCCGCCAACAACGUCGCAUUGUCGAUCAUACCGAAGAAAAUGUAAGGAAAUAUAUGGAUGGCCAGACCAGGGAAGCACCUGCCCAGGAUGCCCAGCCCGAUGACAAUUAUAAUCCCGGAAAUGAAAGAGAAUUUGCUGGAUAUGAUGAGGUCAUCGCGGAUAUCGCUAAUGUAGUUAACUCGACCCUUGAAGCUGGUGACUACGAUAGCGAGAACCAUCACAACGAAGAUUAAGCAUAUGUCUUUUUAUUUACGAAAAUAUAUUAUAGUUUAAAUCCAGAAUGAAGAUAAAGGAAAAGUUGUAAACUCAUUAAAAUCAGAUGCUCAAGCAUUAUGCAGUUUUUUUUUAAGGAGAAAUAUAUAUAAAUUCAUUUCA